AUGGCAACUCGACAGUACGCAAGGUUAACGGCGAUUUUGAGCUGCUUUUUUGUGCUGUGUUUCUGUGGUAAAGUACUAGCUCAGAUUCGCUACUCUAUUGCAGAAGGAUCUACACAAGGAUCUGUUGUAGGGAAUAUUGCCAAAGAUCUGGGCCUUGAUGUAAGUAAACUUAAAGAUCGACGCUUUCGGAUUGUUUCUGGAUCAAAGGAUGGCUUCUUACAGAUAAACCAGGACAAUGGAGCGCUUUUUGUGAGUGGGAACAUAGACAGGGAGGAGCUUUGCGAGAAAAGCAACGUGUGCACAGUGAACCUUAAAACAGUGGCCGAAAAUCCUUUGGAAAUCCAUUACAUCGAGGUAGAAAUUGCAGAUAUUAACGACAAUUCUCCUGUUUUUCCUGUGCGUGAAAAGCAUUUAGAGAUACCAGAAAAUGCUGUGCCCCAGAGUACGCGCCUCCCACUGGACGCUGCGCGUGAUUUAGACGCUGGGGUAAAUUCUCUGCAUAAGUACACCCUCAGUCCGAAUAACUACUUUGAAUUAGAUGUUAAAACUCGUGAAGAAGACAAAAUUCCUUUUUUGAUUUUGAAAAAGCAGCUUGAUAGAGAACAGAAAGCCCAGCUGAAUCUAACUUUGACAGCCUAUGAUGGAGGAAAGCCAGAAAGAUCCGGUUCAGUUAACAUUACUAUAACUGUUGUUGACAUUAACGAUAACGCCCCAGUUUUUAAUCGUCAGGUGUACACUGUAACAAUAGAGGAAAAUAUCGAGUCUGGUUCAUCGGUAAUAAAACUGCAUGCCACAGAUUUAGAUGAGGGAGCCAACGGACAAGUUGUUUAUGCUUUUGACAAAAGUCUAAUGAGCAAAGCUUUUGAUAAAUUUGAAAUAAACUCUAAUACAGGAGAGAUUACUGUAAAAGGGUCAAUAGAUUUUGAAGAACAGCGUGUGUAUGAAAUAGAUAUACAAGCGUCUGAUAAAGGCCAAGUACCUUUAACGGGUCACUGCAGUAUCAUAAUUAAUAUAAAGGAUGUGAAUGAUAAUGCACCCGAGAUUGACGUGACCUCGCUUUCCACUGAGAUAUUAGAGGACUCAAAUCCAGGGACAGCUAUAUCUCUGAUCAGCGUUUCUGACAGAGAUUCAGGUGAGAACGGAAUGGUUAUAUGUAGCCUUACAGAUGGCAUCUCUUUUGAGUUGAAACCAUCUUUCCAGAAGAGCAUGUACUCUCUGGUUACUAAAGGUCUGUUAGACAGGGAGACUAUUUCUAUAUGCACAAUAACCAUAAUGUGCAAGGAUAGAGGGGAGCCAUCUUUAUCCUCACAAAAGACAAUACAAGUUAACAUUGCAGAUGUCAAUGACAACAGUCCAGUGUUUCCACAAAACCCAUUUAAUUUUUACGUAAGUGAAAACAACACCCCAGGCACGUCUAUAUUUUCUAUUAGUGCCUUUGACAUAGACCAAAAUGAAAAUGCGCACAUAUCUUAUCACAUUCUGAAAGCAGAGGGCCAUGAGCCAAACAUUGUCUCUUACCUGAAUAUAAAUUCAGAGGAUGGGAAUGCUUAUGUUUAUGCGCUAAAACGCUUUGACUUUGAAACUACAAAGACGUUUCAGUUCCAUAUUGUUGCUUCAGAUUCUGGAACUCCAUCCCUAAGUAGCAACGCCACAGUGAACGUGUUCAUUCUGGAUCAGAACGACAAUGUUCCAGUGAUCUUAUAUCCAGUCAGCGCUAACGGUUCUGCUGAAGGUGUGGAGGAGAUUCCCCGCAAUGUCAACGCAGGACAUUUGGUGACUAAAGUGAGAGCCUAUGACGCGGAUAUAGGAUACAACGGCUGGUUAUUAUUUUCAGUGCAGGAAGUGAGUGACCACAGUCUGUUUGGUUUGGACCGCUAUACAGGACAGAUAAGGACCCUUCGCUCCUUCACAGAAACAGAUGAGGCUGAACAUAAACUGGUCAUACUGGUCAAAGAUAAUGGAAACGUGUCACUUUCAGCAACAGCGACUGUGAUCAUUAAACUUGUUGAACCCAAAGAGGCUUUUGCAACUUCUGAUGUUAAAAACGCUGUAAAAGAAGAGGAAGAAAAUAACGUUACAUUUUAUUUGAUCAUUACCUUGGGCUCGGUUUCAUUUCUUUUCAUUAUCAGCAUUAUUGUGCUGAUUGUAAUGCGAUGCUCCAAAUCUCCAGACUUUUCCUCCAAGUAUUUACAAGAUACCAAUUAUGAUGGCACAUUGUGUAACAGCAUCCAGUACAGAUCCGGAAAUAAACAGUACAUGCUAGUUGGACCCAGAAUGAGUAUCGGUUCUACUCUAGUUUCUGGGAGUAAUGGGAACACCUUAGUAAUUCCAGAUCGCAGAAGAAGAGCUUCUGGUGAGGUAAGAAAAUCAGCUAGGUUGUGUUAUAAUUUUUUUUUCUCAAGAACAUGUAACUCUGGUAGUAGUUUUAUCUUAGGUUAACUGGCUGUAGCUUUGCUCUUAGCUUUGAACUUCAAUAUUACCAAUAUUUUUAGGUGGCUAAUGUAUGGGUGACAUAAAUCUACACUGACAUCUUACUUCUCAAAAUAUUUACAAUGUACUCUUUAUUUUUCUUUCUGAACUUCAGUCCAAUUAAGAUCAAACUCUGAUAUUUACUAUGCUACACUGUUAUACAUUUUUAACAUAUUUAAGUUUAAAUUGAUGGGAUUUCCUUGACUUUUCAUUUCAAAUUGGCUUUACAGCUCUCAUCUCCCUGUCUUUCUGUUUUUUCCUCUAGGCGGCAGAAAGAUUAUGUUUACAGGUUGUCUGUCCAUCCCUUCCUUUGUCCAUCCGAUAGUCUUUUAGAUGCAUAUCUUAAGAAAUAGUGGUUGAAUGUUUGUAGGGUUUAUACAGAAUUAUCAAUGUAACCAGCAGAAGAACUGAUUAGAUUUUGAAACAAAUCUUAACAGGGUCAAGGUCACAGCAAGGUCAGAUAUCUGAAAUGUUUUUUUCUUCAACAGCUUCCUUCCUGUUUGAAGCCUAUUCUAAGGGUAUUAGAGGCAUACAAAUUAGAAACAAUAAGGACCAGACUUGUUGGUGGAGAAGAUAUCCCCAUAAGACAUUAAAGAUGAGGUCUGCUUUUCUAUCUUUUAAUUUCUGUUUUUGGCACAAUCUCGCUCUCAUUUUUCCUCUCUUUUCUUUUUUCUAUCUGUCUUUCACCCACCCUUUCUGACUUUCUUUAUGUAAUUUCAUUUUUUCUUGCUUUCUUUUUCCUUCCUUCUUUCCUUCUUUCCUUCCUUCCAUGCAUGUAUGCAUUCAUCCAUCCAUCUCUUUCAGCUCAUUGCAAGAAUUAUGUAUUAUCUUCAGGAAUUUAGUUUUAAAAUGAAUUUCACAUAUUCAAUUUGACUGAAUUUUAUAUUCAUCAUUUAUAUACACAAGUGAAUAUUAUAACAAAUGCUCUCAGAUGGCCUCAAGUGCUACACUAUAUACAAGAAAAUAAAUACAAUAAGAACAAGACAUUUUCUACAGAAAGUAGUUACAAAUAUAAAAUGUACAGUUAUGCUGGUAGCAUGAUAUCAAGAUGAGCAGCAUCACAUUACACAGAUUACAGGUCACAGUAGUGAGAUAAGAGUUAAAAGUCUAUAUUGUACAGAUAACAGGCCAUAUUCAGACUAAGUGUUCAAAAGUUACUUCAGAAUUUAC